AUUGGGAGUUCCCCGACGUCCUCUCCAUUCUGGUCUCAUAAACUCUAGUUCCUAAAAGCACAUCCUAUAGUCUGCUCUUGCGAGUUGAGUUAUUCACCACGCUCGCACUGAGCUUCCAGGACGCGUCGCUCGUGCGAAACCUCCUUGUGCGAUGAGCGCCGUGCAAUCGUCCGCUCUCAGGGCGAGAUUCGUAAUUCGUCGACCCCGGGUCGCCUCGUCAGCUCUAUACUGCAGUCGAGGAUCCCAAUGUCGAAUAACCUCACCGAUUUCGCAGUCUGAACCGCGAGUUUCGUCCUUCUCUGCGCAUUCACCGGCGUUACGAGUGCCGUUCGGUCAAUGCCGUUCUCGGCGCGUCGCACGCCGAGUGACAGAAUGCCGCGCGAGUCGCGGCGGCGGGAGCGCCGGCAGAGGUGACGUGGACACCGAUUGGAUGACGCGGACGGACCCGUGGGAGCUGCUGGGCGUCGCAGAGGGGUCGACCGCCGAGGAGAUUAAAGCCGCGUUCCGAACCAAGGCAGAUCAAGAACGUCCAUCCUGACGUGUACCGAGGGGAGAUGGAUGCUCAGGAGAUCACAACCAGGCUCGUGCUCGCAUACGAGUUGCUUCUAGAGGAGGCAGAGAAUCCCAAGGGCAGAAGAUGGCGCAGCAGUGGGUCCGGGGGUGGCUGGAUUGACGAUGAAGAGGAAGACGAGGAGGAUGGCGAUCUCUGGCCCUGGGUCAACGAGAUCCGCUGCCUUGGUCAAUCCUGUCGCUCCAGCUGCAUAGUGACCGCUCCCUUCCUCUUCUCCUAUGCGGAGGACACUGCACGAGCCCGGGCCAUGUCUCCCAACGCGUUCCAAGGAUGGUCAGUGGGAGGGGAGACCAAGGACUGGGCUCGGUACUGUGUCAACCUUGCGGUGGGACAGUGCCCUGAGCUCUGUAUACACUACGUAACAUCUGAUCAACAUGCUGAAUUAACUGAUAAGCUGCAAGGGAUUAUUGAUGGAAUGGUACCCCUGCAAGAAGGAGCUUUUGAUAUACAGGCCUACAUAGCAAAAGCCUCGUAUGAUAACAAUCGCCGGCCACGAGCAAAGAGAAGGCCCAAAGCUGAAGGCGAAUAUGUUGAUUGGUACUAGGCAGACGAUUCUAUAUUUCCUUAUGUUGUAUGUCGUUAAGCUUCAUUGUACCCAGCAUUGAUCCAUAGAUGAAACUACCUGCGGGCGUCACGUGACGACUACAUUGUAAGGAAAUUCCCUUCUCCUUACUGGGCUCGACUACAGCGCGUACGCCCUCGACUCUCGGAAGUCCGGGCCCGGCCAACUUCUUCGGUCCCGAACCACUUCGCGAACCCAAACCUAGACGCGCGGCGCUUCCAUAGCUUUCGCCAACCGGACCGCCCCAACCUGUUCGCGUGGUUCUCGGCUAGCUCUGUUCGUGCCUAUAAUUGCGUAGGCCCUCAUUUGUAUCGACACUC